GCGACCGGGGGACAUUUCUGGUACCGGCGACUUCGGUCUCUCUGAGCAGCAUGAGAACCGGCGACGACGGCGGAGGAGCACGCGGCGAGGGGCCGCAGAAGCUAGCACUCUGCGUCCUCUGCGGGCUGCCGGGAGCGGGAAAGUCUACCCUCGCGCGGGCGCUGAGCCACCGGCUGCGGCGGGAGCAGGCCUGGGCCGUCGGCGUCGUCGCCUACGAUGACGUCAUGCCCGACGCGUUCCUCCCGGAGGCCAGCGAGCCGCCAUUGCCAUCCCAGUGGAAACUACUUCGACAGGAACUGUUGAAAUACCUAGAAUACUUCCUGAACGGUGCUACCGGUGGGGGCCAGAUGUCUGUCCCACCCACAAGGACUGAAGUCAUGUGGGAAGCUUUUACAGCCUGCUUAAAGGAUCAAGAUCUGAUCUCUUCGGCAGCAGCAGAGGCACGGCCCAGCUACCCCCUAACGAAGACUGCUAUGUCCAGACCUUUGCUUUUGAUUCUAGAUGACAACUUUUACUACCAAAGCAUGAGAUACGAAGUCUACCAACUGGCUCGGAAAUAUUCCUUAGGCUUUUGUCAGGUCUUUUUAGAUUGUGCUCUUGAGACCUGCUUGGAGAGGAACGGCCAGAGGCCACGAGCAGUGCCUGCCGAGACCAUCCACCUGAUGGGAGGGAAGAUAGAGAAACCCCAUCCGGAGAAGAAUGGUUGGGAGCACAACAGCCUCAUGAUUCAUAGCGCAGCGUGUUCUUCUGAGACCAGCUCGCAGUUGACUGAUUUACUGCAGACUGCUUUGGAAAAUCCAGUAAAACGUGUUGAGGACAAUGUGGAACAAAAGGAGACAGACCGGGUGAUUUGUUCAACUAGCUUGCUUCAUCAAGCUGAUCAGACACUCCGAAGAAUUGUCUCUCAGACGAUGAAGGAAGCAAAAGAUGAACAAGUGCCUCCUUACAAUUUGAAACUUCUAGCAGAAGAACUUAACAAGCUCAAAGCAGAAUUUUUGGAAGACCUAAGGCAAGGAAACAAAAAAUACCUGUGCUUUCAACAAAUUACGGACAUACCAGGUAUCAUCCCUUUUUUUCAUCAUGAGAAAGAUAACAUUGUACAUAAGUAUUUUUCAAAGCAUUAAACUUUUUAAUUUCCAGUCAAUUGUCAGAUUUUGCAAGCAAUUUGCAUUUCUGGAUGUUUUCUUCGGCCAAUGAUGCAUAAAUUGUCAAAAACUCAAGUUUUUAAAGAAGUCAGUCCAUUCUAAAAGACGCAUUUGCCCUGGAGGAAUGACUUCAGGCAGCCACUUGCUGAACUUGACAUGAAAACAGCUUCAGAACAGCUGCCCCUGCUCUGUCAGAGCCACAGGCCAAGGCUGGGGACUGAGUCCAAUGGCCUUGAACGCGGAGGAGGGAACUAGCAAAGGGACAGAGGCAUGUCUCUGGUGCCGUUUCCCACUCGUGACAUCUAUGGACAGGCGUUCUGCAAAUCCUAGCCCAUGUAGCCACAAAACCUUUUUU